UUCAAUCGAAUCAAUCCCUUAGCGUCACGGCCCUUCAACACCUUCCCCCUCCACCGUUCUUCAAUCCUUCGUUUUAAGGCCAUUGCAUACGACUCAAUCUAAUAGCAAUUCAACGGACGAGAGCGAUUCGGGUCAAACAUGGAUCGCCAGAACCCUGAUAACCUUAUACUCGUCAACUGCGACCCCAACGGCGUCGCUUUGGUAACCAUCAAUCGUCCCGGUUCCCUUAACUCCCUCACCCGCCCCAUGAUGGUGGACCUGGCCCAGUCUUUCAAGAGAUUGGACCGGGACGAGUCGGUGCGGGUCAUCAUAUUAACCGGGACGGGCCGGUCAUUCUGUUCCGGCGUGGACCUUUCCGCCGCUGAAGACGUCUUCAAGGGCGAUGUCAAGGACCCGGAGAGCGACCCGGUCGUGCAAAUUGAGCUUUGCCGCAAACCAAUCAUCGGAGGGAUCAGAGGAUUCGCCGUCACCGCUGGAUUCGAAAUCGCUCUCGCCUGUGACAUCUUGGUCGCCGCCAAAGGAUCCAAGUUCAUGGACACUCAUGCCAGAUUUGGGAUAUUUCCUUCGUGGGGCUUGUCUCAGAAGCUUUCGCGCAUCGUAGGGGUGAACAAAGCCCGCGAGGUGUCUCUGACCGCCACGCCGCUGACUGCGGAGGUGGCUGAAAGGUUGGGUUUGGUGAACCAUGUCGUUGAAGAGGGUGAAGUAUUGAAAAAAUGCCGGGAAAUUGCGGAUACUAUUAUGAAAAAUAAUCAAGACUUGGUGUUGAGGUACAAAUCGGUCAUCAAUGAUGGCCUCAAACUGGAUCUUGGCAGUGCUCUUUCCCUUGAAAAGGAGAGGGCUCAUGAUUACUAUAAUGGAAUGACGAAGGAGCAAUUCAGGAAGAUGCAGGAAUUCAUAGCAGGUCGAAGUUCCAAGAAACUGUCCAAAUUGUAGGUUCUUUCUUUUGCAUUGUUCUCUCAUGGUGUAAACGAAAAUGUAUAUAUAUUUUGCUUCCAAAUUUGAGGUUUUACGAGCAUUAAUCCUUACAAAAUCCGCAGACAUUGUUUUUCUUAAUGAAUUGUAUCCGGGGAUCGCAAUUCCUUAUUAUCAAAAUAAAUGUCGUGAGUAUUUAGUUUUCUGUUGGUCUUUGCUCCACGAGUGAUAUGCUGCUAAUGAGGCUAGGCAUUAAUUCCCAGGUGGAACAGUAGGGAAUGUGAUAGAGACAAUCUCAAUGUCUCAAGUCUGUAAUUAUGGAGGUUGGUCGGAUGCUGAAUUUAGGUUGCAUGUCAUUAUGGACGGUUUGGCUCAAGGAGGGGAAUGGAGAGAAAAGGAAGAGAGAGAGAGAGAAAAAAAAAAAAAAACUAUAUUAUAUGAGAAUCAAAAGUUGGGGGCUAGAAAUCUUGACCCUUCUUUUUUAUAAAGGAGUCGUGAUAAUUUUAAAAUUUUGGAUAACUUGAAGGCUAAUUACGUAGUGUUUCAAGGUGAUGUAUUCUCAAUUAUUGAGUUGCCUGGAUACAUAGUGUUUUAGUUG